AUGUCGGGCGUGGUCGAAGUGGUGGAACAUUUGGAGCGAGAGAGGAGGCCCGAGCCGUGGGCCGCCAUGUCUGACCGGCUGCAGGAGCAGCAACAACGCAACGCACCUUGCGGUCUCCGACGAGAAACGACUCUAUUUCGGGCGCUCCUCUGGCGUCUCCGCCGAUGGCUGUGCCGACCUCGGCCCCCGUCCCUCCAGAGAAACUACGUGCCCUACAGAGACAGUAAGAUGACCAGGAUCCUGCAGGACUCCCUGGGAGGGAACUGUCGGACCACCAUGGUCAUCUGCUGCUCGCCCUCCGCUUACAACGACGCUGAGACCAGGUCCACGCUGAUGUUUGGACAGAGGGCAAAGACCAUCAAGAACACCGUGUCCCUGAACGUGGAGCUGACCGCGGAGCAGUGGAAGAAGAAGUGGGAGAAGAACAAGACGCUGAAGUCCACCGUCACCUGACUGGAGGCCGAGCUCGGCCGCUGGAGGAGCGGAGAGAGCGUGCCGAUGGAGGAUCAGUUUGAUAAAGAGAAGGCCAAAGCAGAGGUCCAGGCCCUGGACAGCGCACUCAACCACGACAAGAUGACUCCCACUCCGGCCCUCAGCACCCGCAACGGGGUCAAACUCACUCAGGCGGAGACGGAAAAGUACGCAGGCGAAAUGGCCAAGCUCUACAAAGAGUUGGAUGACAAGGACGACGAGAUCAACCAGCAGUCUCAGCUGUUGGAGUCGCUGCAGCAGCAGAUGUUGGACCAGGAGGAGCUCCUAGGCUCCUCCCACCGCGACCACGACACCCUGCAGACAGAACUGAACCGGCUGCUGGCGGAGAACGAAGCCUCCAAGGAAGAGGUGAAGGAGGUGCUGCAGGCCCUGGAGGAGCUGGCUGUCAACUACGACGAGAAGAGUCAGGAAGUCGAGGACAAGGCGCAAGAGUUCGAGGCCCUCAGCGAGGAGCUAAACGAGAAAUCGACCUCCUUGGCCUCCAUUGACUCUGAACUCCAGAAGCUGAAGGAGAUGACCAACCACCAGAAGAAGAGGGUGACGGAGAUGAUGUCAUCAUUACUCAAAGACCUGGUUGAGAUCGGCAUCGCCGUGGGGAGCAACGACGUAAAGGUUCCCAGCCGUAGCAGCGGGCUCAUUGACGAGGAGUUCACCACGGUCCGCCUCUACAUCAGUAAGAUGAAGUCGGAGGUGAAGACGAUGGUGAAGCCGUGCAAACAGCUGGAGAGCUCCCGGGCCCAGAGCUCCCAGAAGAUGGAGGAGACGGAGACGGAGCUGAUCUCCUUCCAGCUCAGAGUCUCCCAGCAUGAAGCCAAAAUCAAGUCCCUGAGCGAUAGCCUCCAGAAUGUGGAGCAGAUGAAAAGACAGCUGGAGGAGCAGGUGGACUUCCUGAAUGAGGAGAUAGUCCGGCUCAAAGCCCAAGAGAAAGUCAACUGCACGGAGAAGGAGAAUGAGAUCCAGUCUGCCAAAGUCAAGGAUACGGUGGAGAAGCAGAUCCAGUCUCACAGAGAGAUCCACCAGAAGCAGAUCAGCAGCCUGAGAGACCAGCUGGACCACGAGGAGAAGCUCAUGACGGAGCUGCAGGAUCUGAACCAGAAGGUGGUGCUGGAGCAGGAGAAGCUGAAGGCGGCGGACCAGGAGAAGAGCCGCCAGCUGCAGGAGCUCACGGUGGUGCAGGACCUCAAGGGGCUGGAGGACACUGUGGCCCGAGAGCUGCAGACGCUCCACAACCUCCGCCGGCUGUUUGUCCAGGACUUGGCCACUCGAGUCAGAAAGUCCCUACUGCAUUCUAUUGUCACCUGAUCCAGCUCAACUAUAACGGACUUUAUUUGUCCCUUUUGUUAUUUUUCGUGGUUAACACAGGAACAUGCAUCACUGUGACGAGAUGUCAGAAUGACGGGUCGCCGCAGCACAGCACCGUUGACGGUUACCUGCCUUGCUCAAGGGCCUCUCGGCAGUAACCAGGAGGCCCGCUGUCUCCUCUCCAAACACUGGUCAAC